UCGCAACGGCCCUCAUUUGCCAGCAUUCACCCUUCCAGCUACAUAUGUUACCUUCAGCCCUUCGAAAUUGCGCGACGAUCAGCCAUCCAUUGUCCCAUCGAGUUCAAAAAAGGACCGACAUGGCUGUCAACGGCUCGCAUGCAUCUACCUUAA